GCACUGCCACCCUAAAAGUUUGAUUCCUUACAAGUACAGAAUGGAUUAUUAUAUGGCACCUGUGUUGCCUCUCCCUGUGUUUCCAAAGGAGGAGCCAGCAGCCCUCAAAUUUCCUAAUAUCUCCAUCCCUUCAGGAAUGUGGGCAGUGCCAUACAGAGAGGUGGGAAAAUAAAGGCUGCUGUGAUAUAAACCUGAAGUUUCCUGGUCCAGCCCAGUAUGUUGCAAACACUUGCUUGUUUGCUUCGUGCUUGACCAUCAGGAGGAAAGGAAUCAAGAGGCAAGGCAGAAUACACACACAGAACCGUCUUCCAACCUCUUUUCAGGAUGUGGAGGGAACUGCUGAUGGUGGCUUUUUACCGGGCUGCCUUUGCAGAAUUCCUGGCCACCGCCAUCUUUGUCUUCUUUGGCCUGGGCUCGGAGAUGAAUUGGCCAGAGAAGCCCUCUGUCCUGCAGACUGCCAUCACCUUCAACUUGGCUGCGGCCACCGCUGUCCAGAUAGCCUGGCAUGCCAGCGGAUCCCACCUCAACCCGGCGGUGACCCUGGCGUUCCUGCUUGGCUCUCGCGUCUCAUUGGUGAGGGCAGCCUGCUAUGUAAUUGCCCAGGUGGUCGGAGGCAUUGCCGGAGCAGCCGUCCUUUAUGCGGUGACUCCUGAGGACAUACGGGGAAGUUUAGGCGCCAGUACGGUGAGGGUCAACGUCUCAUCCGGACAAGCUGUGUCCAUCGAGCUCCUUUUGACAUUGCAGCUGGUUCUAAGCUAUUUUGUGUCCACCGACAGCAGCCGAAACAAAGGUUCUCCAGCUAUCAUGAUCGGUGUCUCAGUUGCCCUGGGACACUUAAUUGGGCAUUACUACACCACCUGUUCCAUGAAUCCAGCCAAAUCUUUUGGCCGUUCAGUUGUAGUCGGGAAGUUUACAAAGCAAUGGAUGUUCUGGGUGGGGCCACUGGCUGGUGCAAUCCUGGCCUUUGUGCUUUAUACCUUUGUCCUUCACCACGACCCAAAGACCUUUGCGGAACGAUUGGCUAUUCUCAGGGGCAGGGGCAGCUACGAUGCAGAACCUUUGGAGAAGGAUAAAGACCAGCCGACAGACUCUGUAUCUCUGCCCAUGCCCAGCCUUGUACAUAGACUCUAGACUCCUAGGAGCAUUCCAUAGAAGAACAUUGAAACCACUCUUGAAGAGAAACCACUCUUCUCUCUCUCUGGCCACAAGAGGGCCCCAGGUGCCUUUUCUCUGAAAUCUGAAGUCAGAUUGCAUAUGCACAGUGCCAAAUUUACGACUCUUUUAGCAAGAGGAGCCCCAGACAAUAAGAAUGGAUCUGUGGUGUUGUAUGGCCAGCAGGAAUUGGGUAUGUGUAUGCAAUGCAGUGGACGGGCAGAGAGGAAGCCUGUUCGGAGGCCUAUCGCUUAUGGCACCCAGUGACGGUGAAUGCUGCCAGCAGGGGUGUAGGAAGAUGGGGGCGGUGGGGGUGGGCCGCCCUGAGCGACGGGCUCCAAGGAGCGCCAUCACAGGCACCCGCCCCGCCCCCAGAACGCGUGUCA